CUGUCUGAUUGAUUCUAAUAUUUUGAACUCCGCUUAUAACUUCAUACUGGUUGCAGUUCAUUGUGCAACAUUGAUUUUUAUUACGUUCUACGUGCCAAACCGGGUAUAAAAUAUUGACAAGUUAGUUUAUUUUUCGUAUUAAAAUCUAAAUAAUUCUUGCAGGCAGAUUACUUUGUGUGAAACAUUAACAUAUAGUAUUUUAAAUAUUUAAAAAACUAUUUCAGGGGGCAGCACCCAACUUGAGAUUUCGUUGAGUUGAGGCCGUUUGAAAGCGAUUUUGUGGUGCGGAACAAGUCUUAUCACGGAUUUCGUAUCACAUGACGGUGUUUCUAUAUUAAUUUUAAUUGAACAUCAAUUAUUAAUUCUUAUAGUGAUUGUUGGAGAAACCAUUACACUGUUGAAAUGUUCCGAACGAAGAAGGACGUCGACCGACACGUGAAAGACAUUUUUAUCAAACUCAAAAACCCAGAGGAGAAAAACGUACGAUGUUAUAACAUUGCAAAGCUGUAUUACCAAGUUGGAGAUUAUGAGUCUGCAAGAAAGUACGUUUCUAGUUAUUUGGAAGUAAGAGAUGGGUCAGCUGGAGCUCACAAAUUAUUAGGUCAAGCUUUUGAAGCUUUAGGACAAAAGGAAGCUGCUUUUAGGCAAUAUAGAACAUCACUUGAAUUAGAACCUAAGCAAAAUGAUCUUCUCCUGAAAGUAUGUGAAUUGUUAUCUGUCAUGGAUAUCAAUAUGGAUGUGAAUAAAAUAAAAUAUUGGAUAGAGAGGGUUGACAAAGCAUUUCCACACCACCCAGUAAUCUUUGAAUUAAAAGAGAAAAUGCUAAACUUGGAGAAACCGAAUGGGAAUUAUGAUGAUCUAGAAAAACUUAUUACUUCUGAACUAUCAGUAAGACAAACAGACAUAUAUUUACAAAUCAAGUUACUCAAACACUAUAUAGAAAAACAUAGGUAUGAAGAUGCUUAUAAUCGAGCUAUCGAUAUAGAAGGAACACACAGCUACAGAAAUAAUAUUGUCUGGUAUCAAGCACUGAGUGAAUUGCUUUUAAAGUGUAAAGAGACUAAACGGUCAGAGUGGACAUUUUGGAUAUUUUACAUAUCCGUCUUGGAAAGAUGCGCAGCACUUUGUAUCAAAGAACAGGGUACACUGUCGAAAAGAAGCAUAAUAGACGUCACUCAAGCAGUAUUUAAUUUCGAUCAAAACCUGUCUGAAUUUAAAUCAAAAAACUUUUCUAAUAAUCCCACGUUCAUUGAACACAUGCUACUGCACAUGUGGGGACAGUUACAUUUUCACAUUGCGUGUUUACUUCUGAGAAAAGCUAAAGCAAAAGAAGACAGUUGGUCAGAAGCAGGAAGAAUGUGCGGACCUCUUUUGUUGACUGCAUUACACACUGCGCCUAUAGAUCCUACUGCUGUAUGGAUUAUGCAUUUGAAAGAUAAACUUAAGAAUGUAGUGCACGUAUGGUACAGGGAAGGAUCAUACAGAUGCAGUCAAGUUGGUCAUGUACUUCUCGAUUAUGCUCGUGAGAACACUAAGAAACUAUUGGAUAGGAUUGAUAAAUAUUCCGUAGGUUCGUGGCGAGAACAAGUUUAUCGAAAAAUCUUUAUCGGUCGAUUAUACCAAGAAAGCAGAACAAAGUCUUAUUUCGUCAAUGCUUUAGUCACAAAUCCACCAUUGCGUUUAUGCUCGUAUAAUGAACUGAAACGAUAUGAUGAAAUAUCGGAAGAAGUAUGGCCAGAUUCACUACAUCAUCAAGUUUGGCUCGGUCUGAGAACUCCUGGUUCACAAAAUAAAUCUAACGAACCUCAUCCGAAUCAAACGUCACGCGUGUUUUGCGAAUUACAGUUCUCUGUUUAUAAUUUACAUCAAGCAGCUCCUGACGGCUUGAGCCGGCUCGAUAUCGAUGCAUUCUUAAAUGCCACUAUUUUCUGUAGUGCUUCAAUACUUGAAGAACAGCACUUUGGACUCUCAAAUCCUGAAGAACUACCUACAUUGCCAGCGGACCUUACGAAUACUCUUGCCAGUUGCGCUCAAGAACAGUGGUGGUCCUACGCCUACAAAGUGUAUUGUAUGGACAAACAAAAACCGCUCGACGAAGAUCUUGGAGAAUUAAGAUUACAUCUGCAGAGGGGCUUAGAAGUUGUUCGCUGUCUCGGGAAUCACGGAUUACAUCCUGUUCUGUUAGUUCAUCUGGCACGAAUAUUUCAUUACAGAGCGAAGACGCUGAAAGAAGAAGAUCCGGAAAGCAGCGAUGUACCAGAUUUAGAAGCACGGUCGGAAAUGUAUUGGACAGCCGCGAUACCUCUCCUCGAGAGAUUACAAAAUAAUCAAACUAUUCGUAUAACUAAUUCGAAAUUUUUCAAUUAUCAAGGAAGGAGUAUGAACGACGUGGAAUUGAAUAAAGCUCUGGAAGAAGGUAAAUUGCUUCUCGCUCAACGAUUCGUACGAAACAAACAAUACGAGAAAGCGAUAGAUGCGUUACAAGCGUUAAAGUGUCCCGAAGCUUCGUUUCAACAAGGCCAGAUGUAUGAGAAACUCGCAGAUGAGAUCAUCAAUACUAUACCUAAAGAGAGUUUAACGUCCGACAUGAGAGCGCAACACAUAAUCAUGCUUUCCAAAGCAAGGGAAUGCUUUUAUCUAACACUGGAUCGUUUACGUAGUCCAGGAACAAAUCUGAAACAUCCCUUGAACUCUGAACUGUCAACGCAUAUUACCGAUAUCGAAAAUAGAUUGAAGAAGAUUGAUCCAGACUUGAAUCGGGGUGAUUUAAGCAGAAAUGAAUGCGACGGGAUGUCGGAUGAGAGUUAUUCUUCUGCUCAUAGCGCUGUUGAUCAAGCAGUUACAAAUACGGGGUUGAACGCUUCCGUUAUUAAUAUGUUGAGUACUCCGCACAAGAACGCUCAUCGUACACCGAAACAAUCCAGCACACCGUACAGACCUCAGCAUCAAGAUCUACUGGAUUUGUCGCGAUAUCGUUCGGAGGCACGUCCAAGUCCUGAACGUCUCGACGCUCAAAUUCGUUCGCUGAAUCAAAUGAUCCAUUCCAAGGAUGGCAUGAUACAAUCGAUAACUGAACAAAACAAGACUAUACUAGAAUUAAAUAAAUCAGUAAUGGAAAAGGUCGAUAAAUUGGCGAAGGAAGUGGCAGAACUGCGAAGAGAAUUUCAGAAGCAACGCGCGCAGCCAAUUACCACUGUUGUUCCUAAUUUAGAGGAAGACCUGUUCCCCUUGAACGAGGACGAUUACAACGAGUUGAACUACAAUGCGAAUCAGGCAGGAGCCGCGUCCUCGAUAUCUGGAAAUAUGUUUCAAUCACCUCGGCAUCCUUAUUCUCAGCUGGUAUAUCCUCCGGCGGCUACGUUCCAAGGAUAUUAUCCUGGAAUGUCAUUCAACGAUCCAAACUCCAUACCCUCUUUGUAUCCUCCAAGCGUUUAUUCGAUGCCUGUACUAUAUCCCAACGCUAACGCUAACACCAGAUCGAAGAUGCCUGAGAAUAUACUUCAACAGGGCCUAUUUAUGCCACCUGCAAAUCAACCGUUGCAAAUUCCACUGCAAAAGAUAGAAACAUCCAAGCCAGAGACGACGAUAAAGGAUGCACCCGUCAAUAAAGUUCCACCGGUCAAUGUUGCUAUCACUAUUUCCGAUACUCUUCCAACCACGGCGCCGGUCGUCCAACCCACGCUUAGCGUAACGAUUCCGCCACAGUUUAGACAAGGAUCUUCUUCGACAUCGAUCGCCACGGAACAGUCCGUACCGCAUUGUUAUCAGAUAUCCAUGCCUUCGCAAGCCACUAUACCAACAACAGUGAACUUGCCACCUUUGUCGAAUACUAUUACGACUACCCCGGCAACUAUUUCCGUGACGGAGACACCGAAGCAAGAUACAACUGUUUGUUCGAUUGGAUCUCCGAACACAUCGGACCACGAGCAUGAUCCCAUACCAGAUUUCGUCCCCGUCAUACCAUUACCCGCAGAAGUGGCAGUUACUACCGGUGAAGAGGGCCAAGAGACACUGUUCUGUGCAAGAGCCAAACUUUACCGUUUUGUGGAUAAUGAAUGGAAAGAACGUGGUGUAGGAAAUGUGAAACUGCUCAUGAACGAGGAAGGAAAAGUUCGUUUACUUAUGCGUAGGGAACAAGUAUUAAAAGUAUGCGCGAAUCAUUAUCUCAUGCCGGAUAUGGAAUUAACUGCUAAAUCGAAUAACGAGAAGGCAUGGUUCUGGGUUGCGAAUGAUUUUGCCGACGGCGAAUCUAAGGUGGAAAUGUUUUCUAUCAAGUUUAAAACCGUUGAGGAAGGCCUCUCUUUCAAGGAACAUUUUGAUAAAGCUAAAGCAAAUCUUCCUCAGUCUCUUGAGAAAAUAGCUGAAACUACCACACGUGACAAAACGUCUACCAUUGUUGCAUUGAAUACUGUUAAGAAGACGGAAAAAACAAAACCAGAAGCAGAACAAAUACCGAAGCAGUCCGCAGGAGUAAUUACACCCACAGAAAUUGUUACACCGAAAACUGGUACAACCACGACAGUCAUUGGUGGAUUUUCAUUUUCAUCGACACCAACUGUACAGAAGAUAGCUACCGUCGAACCUGUGAAGCCUCCUCCCAAAACUGAUAUCAGUCCAUUUGCUAGUUUCACUUUCAAUAAGGCAAUCGCCGUGACCAAUUCCGAAAGUUUUCCAACUGCAGUACAGAAAAGCACGACUUCCGGAGCUAUCGUCACAUCUCAGUUCAACUUCUCCUUUGGGAAACCAACAACUGCUUUGCAAACGGGGAUUGUAAGUACAGCAGCAACUACUGUUAGCAGUUACAGUGCGCCGAUCACGUCUUCGCAACAAGCCAACGUAACUGUUACCAGCGAGAGUGUUUCUCAAUUUUCGCUUAGGAGACCUCACGUGCCCGCGUCAGCCGCAAUUGUUUCAACCAUUGUGGGCGUUCAAGAUGCCAGCAAGUUCGCCACACAAAAUGAACACGAGGAAACAUUGUUCAAUGAAAAAAUUGAUCUCCAAUAUUAUAACAGCGAUAUGAAACAAUGGGAGAACAGAGGCACUGGGCAGAUAAAGAUUUUGUGGAGUUCGAAAUCGAACAAAAUACGCCUAUUAAUGAUAGACGAAACUAGUUCAAAGAUCUGCUACAAUUACAACAUCUCGGCUAAAUCCCAGUUUAAUCGGCCAGUUAAGAAAGAUAGCAACAUGGUUGUUUCCUGGAUCAUCCAGUAUGGAGCCGACAAUUUAACCGGAAUGUUCGCUGCAUCGUUUAAGAUCGCUACUCAAGCGAUUCAAUUUCAUAGUAUGAUUACUGAAAUGCAACAGAAAAUGGUGAAAGAUUGUAUAACUGCUGAGAACGUGAAGAAACCAGAAGUUGCAUCUAGCCAAGUUACACAACCGAGUAAGACUCAGGCUUCUCUUUCUGAAAUGUUCAAGCCGGCAGCAGAUUCUUGGGAAUGUAGUACUUGCUACUUAAGAAAUAAUGGGUCGGAUGUGAAAUGCGUAUCGUGUGAAGCCGUGCGUCCUUCCGUUAGCAAUAAAUCAGCUACAGUUCCUUCGAAUCAAGUACCUCUUUCACAAUUGUUUAAACAGCCAGCUGGUUCGUGGAAAUGCAAAACUUGCGACAUAGUUAAUACAAUUGAAAAUAAUUAUUGCGUUGCCUGUGACACGCCAAAGGAUCCAUCUCUUCCUCCUAAACCCAAAAUCGAUGGUUUCCAAAUAAGUACGAACUCUUCCGGCGCUGCGCUAACGUUCGGUAUCCCGCAGGAUGCUUCGAAGCAGGGUACAACUGGUGGGUUCUCAUUCCGGUUUCCUGCUUCUACCGACGUUACCGCGAAGUCUGAUGCUGCUAAAACGGAUACGUCAGCUGCAAAGUUUAGUUUUGGGGUACCACAAAAUGCGACAACCAACAAGGAGACCACGUUUGUGUUUGGAGUACCAGGAAAAUCGUUUGGGUUUAAUUUAGCUACAAAAACGUCUCCAGUCAAGUCUGGUGGCGAAGAAAAUAGCGAAGAGGAAGUAGAGGAAAGCGACGAUAUUUACUUCCCACCAGCAAUUCCAUUACCAGACAAGAUUGAAAUUAAGACAGGUGAAGAAGACGAGGAAGUUCUUUACAGUCACAGAGCGAAAUUGUUCAGAUACGAUAAAUCGACCUGUGAGUGGAAGGAACGUGGUUUAGGAGAUAUCAAAUUAUUACGUCACAGGGAAACAGGCAAGCUGAGGUUGGUAAUGAGACGGGAACAGAUAUUGAAACUUUGCUUGAAUCAUUUCGUCUUUCCUGACUUGGAAUUAAAGCAGAAAGAUGAAAAAACGUGGAUGUGGAACGCCGCUGAUUACAGCGACGGCGAAAUCGAACACACUCUCUUUGCGUGCCGUUUCAAAACGGCCGACAUCGCGAACAGUUUCAAGGAUAUAAUUGAUGAAUCAAAGAAGAAGGUGUCGCCCGUUGAAACAGCGACUGAAGUGAAAGAUUCCCCAACGCGAGAUAUCGAAGUUCUAUACGAGAUGAAAGUUACGCCCGAGGAGAAACAAGACGCGUUAAAGUUGCAAUUACCAGAAAAUUUCUAUGCCUACAAACAGAAACCUGAUUGUCUCGGAUGUAGAGGUUGCAGGGAAUCAAGCGUGCCAUUGUUCCCGAACGGUUCCUCCGAAAAAUCAUUUCCAACUACGACACAAUUUCCUCCGAAAUCUGUCAGCUCGAGCGAAGUUAUCACAUCUCAGCCAUCGAUUUCAACGACUACUGCUUCUCUUUUCGAUCCCGCAUUAUACAACGUCUGCUCACCGUUUGGCGUGACUACGGAGAAAUUUGGAUCUCACUCCGAUACGAGUAGGAAUCAACAGUUGUGGAAAGGCAAUGAUACUGCGAAAAAAACGGAAAAUAUUGAUAAUGCGAAUGAACAUACAUGGCCUCAAACAACUCUUCAGAGUUUAAAUCCUACUUUCAAAAAAGAUGGCUCGAUUACAACAGGGUCUACAGUUGGUACGACAUUUUCAUUUGCGGCAGCAACAUCUACAACGCCCACAAUGUCCAUAUUUGGAACAUCGAAAGUAGACAUGGGAAAAAAUAUUUUUGGCGGGACGUCAAAAAAAGAUCCUCUUGCAAUAAUGAAGCCUAGCUCCCUCAGUGGUAGUGCAAAUGAUUCCGAACCAGUAUUUUCAAACAGUUUUAAUGCUCCACCGACGACAACUACGAACACCAGAAUUUCAACCCUGCUCUUUGGGUCUACCACAUCUCCCUCGUUAACCACUACAACUGGAACAAUUACGUUCGGCACGGGUACAGAAUUCAAGACUUCAGUAUUUCCUAAUAUGUCUACACCGUUCACGUUCAACGCAUUCUCUAACGCGAGUACAGCCCCGUCACCAUUUACGACGUCAACUCCUGCAACGACUAACUCUGUUGAAGCGGCAACAGGGACGUCAAAGGAAACUGAAAAAGAUGUUGACGUCACAUCUUAUUUCCAAAUUACAGACGUUUCGUUCUCAACUUUAGCAGCCAAAAGUUCUCCAGCAUCUUUCAAAUCAGAUCCAAACUUUUCGUUCGCUGAUGCUGGAGCACCGGUAUUUGGGUCUAAGUCGAACGUAGCUAGCAACAAAUCUGUAUCAAAAGAAAAAGAAGUUAAGGAAAACAGCGGUCAGAGGCAGGAAAACGAAGACGAGGAUUGCGAGCAAAAUGAGAAUGAUUCCGAAGGUGAGCCUCAUUUCGAUCCUGUCGUACCACUACCUGACAUCAUCGAGGUGCGAACUGGAGAAGAAGAUGAAGAAAAAGUAUUCUGUGAAAGAGCUAAAUUAUACAGAUACGAUAAUACGACGCGCGAGUGGAAAGAAAGAGGCGUUGGGGAUAUGAAAAUUUUACAUCAUGCGAUACACGGCACUUACAGAUUGCUAUUGCGACGAGAUCAGGUUCACAAAGUAGUAUGCAAUCUCUUGCUUACUCCUGAGAUACAAUUUAGCGAAUUAUCCUCGUCGGAUCGUGCUUGGGUAUGGGCAGGCAUGAAUUAUGCUGAGGAGCAAUCGAGUUUAGAGAAUUUAGCAGUUAAAUUUAAAACUUCGGAACUGGCAAAAAAUUUCAAGGCUGCAGUCGACAAAGUUCAACAGAUAUUAAGAGAAAGCCGUAAGGAAUAGGAUGAAAACCUCUUGUUUAUAACGCUUUUCCUCAAUUUAUGAUUCUUGCUUUUGCUGCAUGGUACAUCCGUUACACGCGUACUAUGUAUGUACAAGAAGCAUUAUUUUUUUAUUCUUAAAAACAAUGUAGCUUUAUUUAUAUUCAUAUAUGUAAUGCUAUUUAAAAAUAUUUACAGCUAGGUAGAUUAUUUGAAGACAAAAAUGAACGUAAAAACAUCUGUACUAAAAACUGUUUUGUUAUUUUUUUAUAAGUUAUGUCUGUAGAAUAUUUUGAUUGAACAUAUAUCUGAUUUUAAGUUUAAUUGUGAUACUUGGCGAUGAUACAUUGAUUUUUAAGUUUUACAUACGUAACUCAUUGAAAGGCAUUGCAAAACAACAAUUCUAUUACUACGAUGAAUAAAGUUAUUUAUAAUAUGGCAGUGUACUGUUAAAAAAUCCAAGUAUAAAUCUCUUGUCAACAAAUUUUUAACAGCUUUUGCUAAUUUACCGUUAUGUCAAAUGAUUUGUACAAAUACAUGCUAUCCUUAUAAAGUGAUUGAAUAAAACGUGAUACGAAAGAUAA